AUGACGACCCUUCGCAUCUCGAAACGGACACGAAUUGGACAAUGGAACGUUAGGACUCUGAUGGAGCCAUCCAGAUUGGCGCAGUUGGAGAACGAGAUGGACCGACUGCAGAUCGCAAUUGCUGGCAUCAGCGAGAUGAGAUGGAGUGGGAAGGGAGCAACAACAUCACAAAGUAAUCUAGUGUUUCAUAGCGGAAGCAGUGAUGGUGGACGAAAUGGAGUAGGGAUUUAUGUUUCGAGGAAAUUUAAACAGACACUUAUCUCCUGGAACCCCGUCUCUGACAGAAUCAUCACCGCCAGAUUCCGAUGCAACGCCAGGCACAUCACCAUCGUGCAAUGCUAUGCCCCAACAGAAGACGCCAGCGAUGACAUCAAAGACGACUUCUACAACGCACUCAUCUCAUCCCUCAACAAGGUCAUAAGAGGCGACAUCAAGAUUCUCAUGGGUGACUUUAAUGCGAAAGUCGGCCCCAACAACACCGGAUUGGAAUCAGCCAUGGGCCGGCAUGGUAUCGGCACGCGAAGUUCCAGAACAAAUGGCAACAGCACUACGCGAACAGUUGACACCACAGCGGAACUGCCCUUGGGAACAAACUUGCAGACUACUGAGAAGUACCGCAGAGGAGAUGCUUGGCACGAGACAACGCAGCUGCUCUGA